UUGGUUUUAUUAAAGACCUUUCACUUUCGAUUCAAGAUUGUCUCGUCUCCAAGACUUGAAAGAUCUUUUUUUUUCUCGUUCUGUUUCGGAUUUAGUUUCUAAACCUCGUUCUUGAAGAAGAGAUGAACAAAACAGAGGUACCCUUGUUCAAUUCAUACUCUGAUUAAGUUAUUCUGCGUUUGAGAUAAUGAGAAUUAGAAUCGUUCCUCGAUUGGAGAGGUUUCAUCAUUCCGACAUCAGGAGAUUGCUGUCGGGAACCAUUUUUUCAGUUGGUUUUGUUGUUCUGCUUGUUCAGUGUUUUGGUAUUCCUUCUUUAAACUGGUCUCAAGUUAAAGUUUCAGUGAUUGAUUUAUCCAAUUCCAAUGUCACUCAAGUUUCUGUGACGAAUUACAUAAAUCUCUCUUAUGUUGAUGAUGGAAAUGGCUAUGAUGAGGAUCUUGGUAGAGAAAAUGAUGUUGUGAUUAGUAAGGAGAAGGUAGAGAUUAAUGUAUCUGUUAUUAGUACACCUAAUAUAUCAAUGAGGAAGACUAAUAUGGUGGUCGAGAGCUCAGUAUCAUCAGAUCCAGAUUCUGUUUUAGUUAGGAGUAAAGAUAUUAGGAAAAGUGAUGUUUUGAUUACAAGGAGGCAUAGGAGUGUGGCUGUGGUUUCGAUAUCUCAGAUGAACUCAUUGCUGAACCAGAGUUUUGCUUCUUUUAAAUCUCCUAAGCCUCGGUGGUCAUCAGCUCGAGACUCCGAAAUGGUUUCUGCGAGAUUCGAGAUUGAGAAAGCCUCUUUUGUGCAUGACAAUCUUGGACUUAGCGCCUCGGUUUAUCGAAAUAUCUCCAAGUUUCAAAGGAGUUAUGACUUGAUGGAGAGGAAACUGAGAGUUUAUGUGUAUAAAGAAGGAGAGAAACCAAUAUUUCAUAACGCAAUGACUCGAGGGAUUUAUGCAUCAGAAGGUUGGUUCAUGAAACUUAUGGAAAGCAACAAGAAGUUUGUAGUAAGAGACCCAAGAAAGGCUCAUUUGUUCUAUAUACCAAUCAGUAUAAAAUCUCUUAGGUCCUCUCUGGGAAAGGAGUUUCAAACACCAAGGAGCCUUGCGGACCAUUUGAAGGAAUAUGUCGAUUUGAUAGCCGGAAAGUAUAAGUUUUGGAACCGAACUGGUGGAGCUGAUCAUUUUCUUGUUGCUUGUCAUGAUUGGGGGAAUAAACUAACAAAGAAAAGCAUGAAGAACAGUGUUAGAGCACUUUGUAACUCAAAUGUUGCACAAGGCUUUAGAAUUGGGACUGAUACAGCUUUACCAGUCACAUAUAUACGCUCUGCUCAGUCCCCUCUUGAGUACCUAGGUGGUAAAACUCCGUCCGAAAGGAAGAUUCUUGCGUUCUUUGCUGGAAGUAUGCAUGGAUAUCUCCGUCCUAUCCUUGUUCAGCUUUGGGAGAACAAAGAACCUGACAUGAAGAUCUUCGGUCCAAUGCCUCGUGACCCCGAAAGCAAGAAAAAAUACCGUGAAUACAUGAAAAGCAGCCGGUACUGCAUAUGCGCGAGAGGUUAUGAAGUCCACACCCCUAGGGUUGUGGAAGCUAUCAUUAAUGAGUGUGUUCCGGUUAUCAUUGCUGACAACUACGUGCCUCCCUUUUUCGAAGUUUUGAACUGGGAGGAAUUUGCGGUGUUUGUUGAGGAGAAAGAUAUCCCGAAUCUGAGAAACAUUCUGCUGUCGAUACCGGAAGAGAGAUAUAUUGGCAUGCAAGCAAGGGUAAAGGCAGUGCAGCAACAUUUCCUGUGGCACAAGAAACCUGUGAAGUUCGAUCUCUUCCAUAUGGUAUUGCAUUCAAUUUGGUACAGCCGAGUGCAUAGAAUUAAAACCAGGUGAAAACAUCCAUAGCCUGUAGCCCAAAACUGAAGAGUGCAUCAUCUCCUGUAAGCACUACGUUUUAAGUUGAUGAUAAUUAAAUACAGUAAUUUGUGGAAUCAAACAUUAGAAUUGAAAGAGAAAAAAAAAGCCUUCCAAAUCGUUUAUUUAUAUUUUUGACAUCAAUUUAUAUUAAUUGUACCUAUAGGUUACAUUUUCAUGUAAUUGAGAACAAUAAUAAAUAAAAAGGCAAAAUAAACUGC